AACCUCUCUGACCUACUGCCCACAGCCCUUCUAACCCACCCCAUGAUGCCAUUGUCCAUCUUGCCCACGAUGGCUCACCCCCAGUUCCCUUUCCCCUCCACUCCUCUCUAACAGUUGAUUCCCCAGCCUGUACUGCUACAUGGGGUGAUUCUUUCCCAGCUGAAAGACUCUACACUGGUUGAAUUUCACUACAUUUCUCCCCACCCAACCCUCCAGCCUGUCCAGGUCUCACUGAAUGGCAACACAGCCUUGUGGGAUGCUCAGCAGCGCCUGCGAGGCUGCACUCGGCUGCCUUCAAGAGCUGUGCACAGCCACAGGCAUGGGAAGGCUUUUCCUGAACAGGGGAGGUCUGAGGUCAAAAAAAAUGAGAGAGAGGGAAAGAGGAAGAAAAAAAUCUUUAAGUAAACAUCCCCAGCUCCUGCUGCUGUAGCACUUUAAAGACUGAGCUACUGUUUCCUGGGGCUUUCCUGUCUGUGUCCCCAGGGUGGUGUAUGAUCCACACUGACACAUUUCACAAUCAAACAGUGAGAACGUGUGAUCAAGAAUUUCUCUUCAGUCUAAACUUUUAUGCAGGUCAGAGUUUAACUUGCAAUUCCCUUGAUGCAGUAGCUUGAAGGUUUUUCUUUGGGGAGGUUUGCUUUGGCUGCUCUAGAUGGAUUUCUCAAUCCUCUCUGUGUUUUCUGAUGGAAAGUGCUGGAUGGAGACUGAUGGAUGGAAAAUGCUGGACUGAGACUCACUUCCUCACACAUAACAAAACAGCAAAGUCUGCCUUCCUCUCAUGCCUUCACUCCUGCAUUGCAUCCUUCCUUUAGACAAGCCUGGCUGGGUGGGGGGGGGAUAAUAACAUCAGCCUCUAAGGGUUUGUCCAUUCCCCUCAUCCCUCUCUGAAAUAGGAUGUGAUGGUUCCUCUUUGGGGCUGGAAGGUCUGUCAAUAAUUCUACCCCAAGUGUGAGUGGGGAAACUCUCCUUUGGGAGUUCAAAGAGCCCUUGCUGAAAGCCUAGAGAAGUCCAGAUGUCUCAUAGCCUUUGUGAUCAUUGUGAACACUUUUAGAAGGAAAAUCUGUGAGGGAUGGGGCUGUGAAUCAUCCUGUGUCCAUGAAGAAGAAAGAAAAGCUCCAAUCCAAAAAGAAUCCAUUGAAUUCUGGAAUUUUCUGACCUAUUUUGGUACAAGACAGCCUAAAAAGAAAAAAAACCCUCACCUCCUGUGCUGAUGAGUUUCUCAUAUUGUUUACUUUUGUAACGUUCUCUGUGGACCAGCAGCCAGCAAUGACGUCCACCCAGCAUCAGAGAAUAAGAACUUCAGAGGAAGGAAUGCAGCUUCAUAAAUAGCAAACCACAGACACUAAUGGGGAGCAGAGGCAAACCUGCAGGUUAAAACUUCGUUGCAAGAGAAGCCCACACAUCCACACAGCCUGGGGACUCCAAGAUGAUUUCAGCUCUAGCCUUUGUUUUUCUCCUUUGCCUCUCCUGUCCUUUUUCAUCAUGUCAGCAGAGAAGAGUAGCUUUUUCAGGAGGUGAAGUUGGGCCAGAAAUGCUGGAAGAGAUGAGACAAACUAACCGUGUGCUGCUGGAGGUCCGGGAGUUGCUGAAACAGCAGAUUAAAGAGAUAACAUUCCUGAAGAACACAGUCAUGGAGUGUGAUGCCUGUGGCAUGCAUACUGAGGUGACAGGCCCUGUCAUCACUGUGACACAGUUCAACAGAUGCCUCCCAACCUCCUGCUUCCCUGGGGUGCCCUGUACCGAGACCAGCACCGGCUUCAGCUGCGGACCCUGUCCCCCGGGCUACUCGGGCAACGGCUCCCACUGCACAGACAUCAACGAGUGCAAUGCCAACCCCUGCUUCCCCAAGGUCCAGUGCGUCAACACCAGCCCCGGCUUCCGCUGCGACCCCUGUCCCCCCGGCUUCACCGGCCCGAUGGUCGAGGGGGUUGGACUCACCUAUGCCAGGGCCAACAAACAGGUUUGCACUGACAUCAAUGAAUGUGAGACAGGUGCUGCCAGAAAUUGUGUCCCAAACUCCAUCUGCAUCAAUACACGGGGAUCCUACAAGUGUGGGGCGUGUAAACCUGGCUUUGUUGGGGAUCAAAUCUCUGGCUGCAAGAGCCAGACAGGGAGACGCUGCCCGAACGGUGAGAUCAGUCCGUGCCAUGAGAAAGCUGAGUGCAUCGUGGAGCGGGACGGGUCCCUGUCCUGCGCGUGCCUCGUGGGGUGGGCAGGGAAUGGCUAUGUCUGUGGGAAGGACACAGACAUUGAUGGAGUCCCUGAUGAGAAGCAGCGCUGCUCCGACAAGAAAUGCCGCAAGGACAACUGCGUGACCGUCCCCAACUCCGGCCAGGAGGAUGCAGACAGGGAUGGGAUUGGAGAUGCCUGUGAUGAUGAUGCUGAUGGAGAUGGGAUAGUAAAUGCUGAGGACAACUGUGUGUACACACGCAACUCCGACCAGCGCAACAUGGACAAGGACAACUUCGGGGACGCGUGUGACAACUGCCGGCAGGUGAAGAACAACGACCAGCGGGACAUCGACGGCGACGGGAGGGGAGACGAGUGUGAUGAUGACAUGGAUGGGGAUGGGAUCAAAAACCCAAUGGACAACUGUAAAAGAGUGCCUAACCCUGACCAGAAAGAUAGUGAUGGUGAUGGAGUGGGAGACAAGUGUGACAGCUGCCCAACAGUCAGUAACCCAGACCAGAAAGACACGGAUCACGAUCUGGUGGGAGAUGUCUGUGACACCAACCAGGACAGUGAUGGGGAUGGCCACCAAGACACACGGGACAACUGCCCCUCAGUGCCCAACAGCUCUCAGGUGGACACAGACAACGACGGGCUGGGGGAUGAAUGCGACGACGACGACGACGACGACGGGAUCCCAGAUGAGAAACCUCCCGGCCCUGACAACUGUCGUCUCGUCCCCAACCCCGGCCAGGAGGACUCAGAUGGUGAUGGCGUGGGAAACCUUUGUGAAGACGACUUUGACAGAGACAUGGUGAUUGACAGGAUUGAUGUGUGCCCAGAGAAUGCAGAAGUGACACUCACAGACUUCAGGGCUUUCCAGACAGUGGUGUUGGACCCUGAGGGCGAUGCACAGAUUGACCCCAACUGGAUUGUCCUCAACCAGGGCAUGGAAAUCGUGCAGACCAUGAACAGUGACCCUGGCCUGGCUGUAGGUUACACAGCAUUCAACGGGGUGGACUUUGAGGGCACGUUCCAUGUCAACACAGCCACAGAUGAUGAUUAUGCUGGCUUCAUCUUUGGCUACCAGGACAGCUCCAGCUUCUACGUGGUGAUGUGGAAGCAGAUGGAGCAGACGUACUGGCAGGCAAACCCCUUCCGAGCAGUGGCAGAGCCUGGCAUCCAACUCAAGGCAGUGAAGUCCAAAACGGGCCCAGGCGAGUACCUGCGCAACUCCCUGUGGCACACGGGCGACACCACGGACCAGGUGAAGCUGCUGUGGAAAGACCCUCGGAACUCGGGCUGGAAGGACAAGACAUCCUACCGCUGGUUCCUGCAGCACCGGCCCCAGGUGGGCUACAUCAGAGCUCGUUUCUAUGAAGGGCCUGAAGUUGUGGCAGACACUGGAGUGGUUCUGGACACAACCAUGAGGGGAGGGCGCCUGGGAGUCUUCUGCUUCUCCCAGGAGAACAUCAUCUGGUCCAACCUGCGCUACCGCUGCAACGACACCAUUCCAGAAGACUAUGAAACAUUCAGAGUUCAGCAGGACUAAAGCUCCCAUUCCAAGGCCUGUCCAGCCCAACCUGCUUUAGAAAGCGAGCUCAGCUGCCCCACUCUUGCUCUGAUACUGUAAGAAGAAGGGUGAAGUCACGUACCACUGCACUGUCAAGGCAUCCUCCAGCAUCUUUUCUACAACAGCAACUUUCUUUCAAUGCUAAAACCCAAACUCUAUUGGAAGGGCAGAGGCACAGACAGCAAGUGUGAGCAGAGGCCUGUGCUGCUGUGAGCCAUGCUCGUGGCAGAGGUGUGCUGGCAAGCAGCCUGCAGCAGCUGGGAUGGGGAAGUGCAGCGUGGAUGGCUCCCAGGAAUCCUUUCCCUACUCAAAGGCUCUCAAGUGUGAAUGUUGAUCUCCUUUUAGUUCAAGACCUACUGCAAAGCCAAGCCAGCACUAGUGUGACAGGGACCCUGAGAGCAGCCUCUGUACCAGUUGCUCACAAAACAUUGAAGGAAGCACUUUAAGGAGAGUAUCUUUGUUCUGGAA